CAGGAGGCGAGACAGGAUAACCGACGUUUGGAGUGCUGGGGGUCGAGCUGGCUUAUAACACGAAGUGUAGAUCCCCUCUUGGAAAGUCUUCGCUGCGGGAAUGAUGGGAGCGAAAAUGCCGUCGCCGCAUCAGAGAUUCUUCAGCAUGCGGAAUCCCUUCUCGCGAUGCGUUCUCUUCGCUGUCGCGUUGCUGAUGCUCCUAGCCGUCACGUGGAAGUCGGACCGGAUAGAAGACGUUGGCUCGCGCAUCGUCCAGGCGGCAUCCAACCACAAUAACAAGGGCAACAUACCUCAGCAACCGCUCGGCGACGCCCCGCAGGCCACGGACAGGGACAUCGUCCCGGUGUCGAACCACGUUAUGGACUGCAGCAUCAACACUACCCACAUGGCCGAUCUAAAGACUAAGUACGAACUCUCGGAUACUUUCCAGUACCUGAAGCGAUACGUCAAGAUCCACCGCGAGCCCAUCCCCCGGAAAUCGAUUACGAAGCUUGGCCAGUCCUUCUUGCCGACGUCCUUCACCACUGUCGAUCUGCAGCAUCCGAACACGUACGGGAACGAAAACUGCAUUGAGCCGCUCCAAGUUCCCGUGCCCCAGUCGCCGUUUCCAGCUACCGGAAACCUCUCCGAUUUCAUGUUCGGCGUAUCGACUACCUUUAAGAGGUUCAGUUCCGACAGGACCAGCCCCGUCAACGAGUGGACCUACUGGUUGACUGACGGCAAGGGGAACUCGAAUGGCGGCAAGCUGGUGCUCCUGCUGCUGGAUGCGACCGAGGAUCAGAUCUUGCACGCCAAGACGAUCCUGCAUCACGCGGGAAUCGAUGUGGACGUCUACCACUCCGACUCGUCGAUGGAGAUGGCUGUCCGCUAUCUAACUCUCAUCCCAACUCUAUACAACCACCCUGAGCGACACUCAAAGAAGUGGCUUGUGUCUUGCGAUGACGACACCUUCUUUCCCAGCGUCCACACGCUGGUGAAGAAAUUUGAGGCCUACGACCCCGAGGAGAUGCUCUACAUUGGCACCUUGUCGGAAGACGUCAACAAUGUUGAUCGCCACGGCUCGCAAGCUUUUGGGGGUGCCGGUGUCUUCCUAUCGGUUCCUAUGGCCGGGCAGAUCGCCAAGAAUUACGAGAGCUGCAAGACGGAAGAGAAGAUCCACGAAUCCAACUCGGGCUGGGGUCCCCAAGGCGACAUCCUGCUGCGCAAGUGCAUCUACGAGAAUACCGACGUGCGCCUAUCUGUGCUGCACGGCUUAUACCAGCUCGACUUGUAUGGCGACCCGUCUGGUUUCUACGAGUCCGGCGUGAAGCCCAUCUCCCUACACCAUUUCAAAGGCGGUGGGUGGCACUCGGCCCUGCCGUGGCAGUACACCAAGAUCGCCCACAUUUGUGGCGAAGAUUGCACUCUCCAGCGAUUCCUCACGAGCGACAACUACAUCAUAUCGACCGGGUUCAGCGUCGCUCGGUAUUCACUGGGAAUCAACUUCAACCUCGCCCAGAUGGAGCGCACCUUUGCUGCCGCGCCGCAGGACAAGGGGUGGAAUCUGGACUACGUCUUCGACCCGCAGCGACCUAGUCUCCUCAAGACCGGCCGCAAGGUCAGCUGGGACCUGCAGGAGGCCAGCGUCAACGAUGACAACACCGUCAGCCACGUGUACGUGAGAAAGGCCAACGACUGGAGAUGGGUCGACCGGAACGGCGAGCCUAUGUUCCACACGGACGGCAUCAUAGAACUCGUCUGGGUCCCGUAGACAACGGGCUUCAGCGACGUGGUGUGUGGAGAACGACGUGAUGACAUUGCACGACGGCGUAGGUUAUGGGCGUCGUAUUCAUCUCUUGAACCCGGACAGGGCCAUUCUGGAUACCUACAUAGAAGUUUGUCCCUUGUGUAUACCGCGGAGUCUCACGACAAGGGGGGGCGCCGAAACGUUUGCCUGGUCCGGACGCUUACGAG